AUGGCAUCAUACAGGUCGAGGUCUCCGUCGACCCCUUCUGAGGGUGAGAUCAUCGAAUCAGGCUCAGAGACGAAGGCAACUACGUCGCAAAAUCCUCUUAAUGGCACCAGUGUUGACCGUCACACCAGAGGCAGUACAUCAUCGGUGAGAUCUCCAGCGUCGCGGAGUAGAUCGCCACGCCGGCGGAGGUCGAGGACCAGGUCGAGAUCCAGAAGCCGAUCCCGCUCUCCAUAUCGAGACUACAGAGGACACAAACGCAGACGAGACGAUGACUAUGACGACCGACGCUUUCGGGACGAGCCACCGCGACGUUUCGCGAAUAGGUACGAGGACCGGUAUAACGAUCGCGGCUCCCAGAGACGACAAAGAUCCUACUACGACUACGACCGGGAGGAAGGGUAUUCGGGUGGUUUGAAAUACAGUGAUGACUUUGAUCGACGUCAGGACAAGCGCCCCCGAACGCGAAGCAGAUCGCCAUACCACGAGGUCCGAAAGCCCAAGCAGUACUCGGGCGACGAAUGGGAAUCCAAAAGGGAAGAGAGCUCUACCUCUCGAGGAGUCAGAAGGCGAAGGUCAUCCACUGAACAAUUAGUGAGCGAGCGAGGGGCCACCCCAGUCGUCGCUCAGGAUUCUAAACACAGAGCUGAAACGAAAGAGAAUCAGGUGCAGCAGGCUUCUUCUGAUGCUACUAUUCGUGUCGUAGAUAAGUGUGUUAUUUCCUGCCCAGAAGAACAACAACCUGCCGAAUCUGUUGACGAAGCGACUCAGAUGGAAGCACGACGAAAGCGACGUGAAGCUAUCAGAGCUAAAUACAGAGGCCAGGCUACCCCUUUACGUCUUCAGGCGUUACAAAUCGGCGGUGAUACAGACUCAUCCACACCGAGCACCGACACACCGCAGGCCGCCGCUAAUAAAUUUCUUUCUUCCGCAGAAACCCCCCCUAUAUCGCCCGCCCAGACGCCUAACGAAACACCUGGAGACGCAUUCCCUGACUUCAAGGUUGGCAAAGACGCUGACCUGGUUAACGAAGAUGCGCCUGUAGACGGUGCCGAUAAAGACGAGCCAUCCGCGGCAGACUAUGACCCAAUGCUUGACAUGAAAGCAGAGAGGCAGAGGCAUGAUAGUAAACCUACCAACGGAGAGGUCUCAUCAGGAGCGUAUGAUGAAACACAGACCUCUAAACAGGAUGUUCUGAUCCCCGAUACCCCCGCACAACCGCCGACGCAGACAAAGACGAAAGAUCCCUACGAUAUGUUCGCAGAGGACGAUGGCGACGACAUGUUUGCCGAAGAUACGCAAGAAACUGCACAGCCCGCGCAUGCCUCGGCGACGGCCGUACCCCAACCACGAGAGCUUGACAUCAGCAUGAUGGAUAACUGGGACGACCCGGAAGGGUACUACAAUGUCCGGCUUGGUGAGUUGAUCAACGGCCGAUAUCAUGUGCAGCAGAAUCUAGGCAAGGGAAUGUUUUCCUCUGUAGUGCGGGCGACCGACUCGAAGACCGGCCAUUUGGUUGCGGUCAAGAUCAUUCGCCAAAACGACACGAUGAAGAAGGCGGGAAUGAAAGAGAUUGGGAUUUUGGAGCAGCUCCACGAAGCCGACCCAGAUGAUAAGAAGCACAUGAUCAAGUUUGAAAGGCACUUUGACCACAAGGGACACUUGUGUAUGGUGUUUGAGAAUCUCAGCAUGAACCUGCGUGAGGUGUUGAAGAAAUUUGGACGGGAUGUCGGUCUGAACCUGCGGGCGAUCCGGGCAUAUGCGCAGCAGAUGUUCCUCGGCCUGAGCCUGAUGCGCAAAUGCAACAUAUUGCAUGCGGAUUUGAAGCCGGACAACCUGCUGGUCAACGAGCAGCGUAACAUUCUCAAGGUGUGCGACUUGGGGUCCGCGUCGCCAGCAUCGGAGAAUGAGAUUACACCGUACCUGGUGAGUCGAUUCUACCGGGCGCCGGAGAUUAUACUGGGGAUUCCGUACGACUACGCGAUCGACGUGUGGUCGAUUGGGUGCACACUGUUUGAGUUGUACACGGGCAAGAUCCUGUUUACGGGGCGAAACAACAACCAGAUGCUACGGUCGAUAAUGGAAUGUCGUGGCAAGUACCCACCGAAGCUGCUCCGACGAGGCUCGCUGGCCCACAUGCAUUUCGACGAGAUGCUGAAUUUCCAGAGCAUGGAGGAAGACAAGGUGACGGGGCGACUGGUGACACGGAGCCUGGACUUCAAGAAACCGACUCGAGAUUUGAAGACGCGGCUGAUGGGCAAAGGCACACGGGGGAUGAGCGAGGUUGAGGCGAAAGAGCUGGGACUGUUUGUGGAUCUGCUGGAACGGUGCCUGAGCCUGAACCCGGAGAAGCGAUGCACGCCAGCUGAAGCGUUGAAGCACCCGUUUAUUGCGCGACCCAAGGUGCAUACAUAG